UCUAUGUUCGUUCUGUGCCUUGCCCUGGAAUGAGAUGGCGUCCUGACCUCGGUGUAGAUGUCUGUCGGGAAUAGUACAAGUGCUACUUGUUCGGUGCGGGUUGUCCUGACGUUAUGAACAGCGUGGGGGAGGAAUGCACCGAAAUGAAGCGCGAAUAUGAUCAGUGCUUCAACCGGUGGUUCGCGGAGAAGUUUCUCAAAGGGGAGGGCAGCGGGGACCCGUGUAACAAGCUGUUCCUGCGCUACCGGCAUUGUGUUCAGAAAGCCAUUAAGGACAAGGAGAUCCCGGUGGACGGAAUAGAGUUCAUGGGACCGAGCAAGGACAAAGCAGAGUCUAACGAGGGCUCGUGACAGACAGCGGGGCCCUGAUAGUGGCCCCGGCCUCGCACUGCUGCGGACUGGCUUAUACCCCUGACACCAGGCAUGUGAUGUGGGGGAUCUGGGGCCCCCUUUGUUAUACCUGCCCUUGAAGGUCCCCUGGUUUGUUUGGUCUGAAGGGGUUCCAGGCUUCUCAAUGUCAGGGCAGGAUGCGCUAGGUGUUUCUUCAGCUUCUGGAACGUUCCUCCCUGUAUAGAACAAUAAAUGCCUUCUAUAUCUCUAGAAUUGCUUUCACUGGGCCCAUCAAGAAUACAUCAAUGCUGUUUUAAUUAGUUUUUCCAAUAAAAAACACAGGUUUUCAGCAGAGAAUCUGUAUUUGAGAACCUGGAACCGUUCCAAAAACA